AUGGCGGAACAAAGACAACAGUACAGCAAAGUUCUAAAUUUCUUAUCUGAGUACCAGAUGGUCAAGAAUCCUUGUCACAUAGAAAGACGUUUCAAUCCCACAUAUAGAAAAGAAGGGGACCUAAUCAUUGCUGGAUUCCUUUCCCUUUUUCUGAAGGUACAAGAUUCAGUGAACACAUUUUUCUUCAAAACGUAUCCCUUCUGGAAUUAUGCACUACAAACGUCAAUGUUCAAACAAUAUCACUAUUUCCUUGUUCUUCAAUAUGCUGUUGAUGAGAUCAACAAGAACCCCUAUUUGCUGCCCAACAUAACUUUGGGAUAUCAGUUACUCAAUAACUUCCAUCUGGAGAAACUAGCUGUGGAGAGCUCCUUAAUAUGGCUAUCAGGGAGAGGUCCCAUUAUCCCCAAUUAUAGCUGUGAUAAACAGUCCAGUUCGGUGGCUGUCAUUGGAGGGAUGUCCGCUACACUUUCCAUGGCCAUGGCCACCAUUCUCCAACUGUAUAAAGUUCCACAGCUCCACCACUUUCUGAAAUCCAUCAAUUCUGUCAAUAAUGCCAGUGAUGAGCCAUGUCAGGAUGGAGUCCAGCCAGCUGCAGAGACAUAUGAUAUACUGAAUUAUAAAUCCUUCCCUGGCCAGAUAGAGACGCUGGUCAAAGUGGGUGAAGUGUAUCCUCUUGCCCAGAGAUUCACCAUUAAGGAAGAAGACAUAGAUUGGCCAGAAGAUUUCCAUCAGACUCCAAUUUCUAGAUGCAAUCUGAAGUGUGGCCCUGGAUUCCAAAAGACAGCUCUUGAAAGACAGGCCAGGUGUUGCUAUGCUUGCAAUCCAUGUCCUGAAGGGACAAUUUCCAACCAGAAAGAUGCAGAGCAGUGCCUGCAGUGUCCUGAAGAUCAAUACCCAAAUAGGGAAAGAGAUCAUUGCCUCCCCAGGACUGUGACUUACCUGGCCUAUGAGGAACCUCUGGGAAUGACGCUGGCCUGUGUAGCCAUCUGCUUCUCCCUCUUCACUGUGCUGGUCCUGGGAGUCUUUGUGAAGCACAGAGACACCCCCAUAGUUAAAGCCAAUAACCGCAGUCUCAGCUACACUCUGCUGGUCUCCCUCAGCCUCUGCUUCCUCUGCUCCUUGCUCUUCAUCGGCCAUCCUACCACAGCCACCUGCCUGCUGCGCCAAACCACAUUUGCAAUUGUCUUCACAGUGGCCGUUUCCUCCAUUUUGGCUAAAACCAUCACUGUGGUUCUGGCCUUCAGGGCCACCAAACCAGGGAACAGGCUCAGGAGGUUCCUGGGAUCCACUGCAUCUUACUCUCUCAUUUUCACCUGCACCCUCAUCCAAAUGUGUCUCUGUGGCAUCUGGCUUGGGACAUACCCUCCCUUCCUGGAGAUGGACAUCCACUCUGAACCUGGCUCCAUUAUCAUCCAGUGCAACGAGGGCUCCCUCCUCAUCUUCUACUGUGUCCUGGGCUACAUGGCCUUGCUGGCCUUGGCAAGCUUCACUAUGGCUUUCCUGGCCAGGAACCUGCCAGAUACUUUCAACGAAGCCAAGUUCCUGACCUUCAGCAUGCUUGUGUUCUGCAGCGUCUGGAUCUCCUUCCUGCCCUCGUACCAGAGCUCCAAGGGCAAGGCCAUUGUGGCCUUGGAAGUCUUUGCCAUCUUGACCUCCAGUGCUGGGAUUCUCGUUUGCAUCUUUGCUCCUAAGUGCUUUGUGAUCCUUCUAAGAUCAGAACAAAAUACUCUGGGGAUACUUAAAAAGAAAAUUUUCUUAUCUGAGUACCAGAUGGUCAAGAAUCCUUGUCACAUAGAGAGACGUUUCAAUCCCACGUAUAGAAAAGAAGGGGACCUAAUCAUUGCUGGAUUCCUCUCCCUUUUUGUGAAGGUAGAGAUUCAAGUGAACAAAUUUUUCUUCCAAAUAUGUCCCUUCAACAGUUAUGCACAACAAACGUCAAUGUUCAAACAAUAUCACUAUUUCCUUGCUCUUCAGUAUGCUGUUGAUGAGAUCAACAAGAACCCUUAUUUGUUGCCCAACAGAACUUUGGGAUAUCAGUUACUCAAUAACUUCCAUCUGGAGAAACUAGCUGUGGAGAGCUCCUUAAUAUGGCUAUCAGGGAGAGGUCCCAUUAUCCCCAAUUAUAGCUGUGAUAAACAGUCCAAUUCUGUGGCUGUCAUUGGAGGAAUGUCUGCUACACUUUCCAUGGCCAUGGCCACCAUUCUCGAACUGUAUAAAGUUCCACAGCCAAUUUAA